AACUAUAUUAAUGUGACCUUUUUGUCGUUUAUUGGAGUUAAAUGUGUAUUGGUGCUGUUUGUAGUCGUUUGUCAACCGAAAAUGGCGGAGGAUUUUAGUGAUACGAAUUCCCAUGAAAACACAAAAAAUCACAUUCCUCAGAGAUGUAAAAAUCAAUGGGUACGUCUUAAUGUUGGCGGUACAUAUUUUCUAACAGCAAAAACAACAUUAACAAGGGAUCCAAAUUCAUUUCUAUAUCGACUAUGCCAGGAGGACUCUGACCUCAUCUCCGACAGGGAUGAAACUGGAGCCUAUCUAAUAGACAGAGAUCCAACUUAUUUCAGUCCAAUUUUAAAUUACCUUCGACAUGGUAAAUUGGUAAUUAAUAAAGAUCUCGCUGAGGAAGGUGUUUUGGAAGAAGCUGAAUUCUAUAACAUUACUGAUCUAAUUAGGCUAGUUAAAGAAAGAAUUAUUCUCAGAGAUACAAGACCGAUACGUGAUUCACAAAAACUUGUGUACAGGGUUUUGCAAUGCCAUGAGGACGAGCUCACACAAAUGGUAUCAACCAUGUCCGAUGGAUGGAAAUUUGAACAACUGAUAAAUAUAGGUUCACAAUAUAAUUAUGGCAAUGAUGAUCAAGCAGAAUUCUUGUGCAUUGUAAGUCGAGAAUAUGGUCCGAGUCAAUUAGCCAGUAAAGAACAGGAAUCAACAGAUCGCGUUAAGGUUCUGCAGCAGAAGGGUUCACGUAUGUAAUUUCUAGUCCGCCCCGAAUUGUUUUACCUCCCCUGAUGUAGAAUUAAGAAUAAAGCUGUGAAGGACACAGAUUAUAAAAGAUAAAAAAAAAGAAGCCGCAAGAAUCGUCCUCGUUUUAAGAAAUUAUUUUUAAGAUCUCAAGAGAAAAAAAAUUGUAAUCCUAUUCUUGAAGAUACAUAUUAAUAAGCAAACGCUCGACUGAUCUGUGAAAUGAAUUUUAAGAGAGAUCAGAAUUAUAAUUUGUCACCCUGGUGCAAAAUAUAUCUUGCUGGCGAAAAAAAAACAAUCCUUCAAGUGUGGCAUGUUUUAAAGGUUUGAAUUCACUAAUGAAUUUAACAGACAAUAGCUUUUAAGAUAGGGAACGUCUUUCGUAUCAAUUUCUUCAAAUUUAGACUCAACAUUUCGCAAUCUCUGAUUUAUUUAUCAGCAAAUUCACAAUUUCUAUUAGACAAAUUUUCACAAAAUAUUUUUUAACAAUUUUUAUUAAUUUCACUUUUUGAUAAAAUUAAAUUUUACUACUUUAUAAAAUCAAUUUUUGAUUAUUAAAGUUUUUUUAAAUAUUUUUUUCUUAAUAAAAUAUUUUUUAAUAUCAAUUUUUAAAAUAUAUUUUACAUGAUAUUACAUUUAUACUUUAAGUUUAAAUUAAUAUUUUCAAAAAAUAGAUUUUUAAUAUAUUAAUUUUCGAAGAAUUAAAAAAUGAAAAGCAAAAAAUUAAUAUUAAACAUAUUUGCCUGAUAAUUAAAACAGAGAUUAGUUUUGUACCAAAUUGUAAAAAAAAAUGAUUUUUUUUUUAUUUCUACCUAUACAAUAUUGUAUAUUACGACAUAAGGGUCUUAAAAAUUAACCUUUUCACUGCCGCCAAAAAAAAACAUAAUAUUUACCUAGAGACUAGUAGGGUGAUAAUUAUAUACCUGUUUUAAUAAUUGAG